UCAUCAAACACCUGUUCUCGGCCAGACCAGACCUAGAAGACCACUUCUCGCCACCCCAAUACAAAAUCCUUUCAUAUAUAUAGCGAAAACAACAAGCCUCGUCGCAGAUUGCUCCAUACGCCACUGUCAGACAUGUACUCCACGCGCUAGCUAGCAUGGCGUAAGUUCGUGCGUCACAUACACGCGCUAAUGGUGCGCGCGAUGAUCGAGGUCGAUAUACAGAAAUUUUGCCCUAAUCGCCUCCGGACUCGAGCCUACUCUCUCUAUAUUGACGUAGAUCUCUCUGCAAACUCGAUUUGUUGUUGAUUCUCUCAGAUCGGUGGAUUGGUUGCCCGUUCGAUCGCCGGAUUCGCGGUUUUUGGCAUAUCGGUUCGCAAUGGAACCUAUGGACAUCGUCGGUAAAACGAAAGAGGAUGCGUCCCUUCCGAAAGCAACUAUGACGAAGAUCAUAAAGGAGAUGUUGCCCCCAGAUGUUCGUGUCGCAAGAGAUGCUCAGGAUCUCUUAAUUGAGUGUUGUGUUGAGUUCAUAAACCUUAUUUCAUCAGAGUCAAAUGAAGUCUGUAGCAGAGAAGAGAAGAGAACAAUUGCACCGGAACAUGUACUCAAGGCUUUGGAGGUUCUUGGUUUCGGGGAAUACAUCAAAGAGGUUCAUGCUGCAUAUGAACAACACCGGCUCGAGACAAUGCAGGACUCGCUGAAAAGCGGGAAGUGGAGCAACGGUGCCGAAAUGACAGAGGAAGAAGCAUUGGCCGAGCAGCAGAGGAUGUUUGCGGAGGCCCGUGCAAGAAUGAACGGCGGGGUCACCAUCCCAAAACAAGCGGACCCCGAGACCGUGAAUCCCAAACAGUUGGAGACCCAGGAUGAGUGUGAAUAGCUAAGCUUAGGACCCUUUGUUCUCUUUUAGUUGUUUUGAACCAUCCUUGUUAGUCCCCAUUAGUGCUCUAGCUACAGGCAAGAUGCGAGCACCUGACCACCCCUCCCGUGCUUCUCUUCUCCCUUAUUUAUGUACAAAAAGAAAAACCCUAGAUGUUAUUGUAAUUAGUGAGAGUUGUAAAAUUUGCUUCUUCUUUCA